AUGCAGGCCUUCCGCCGUGGCACCCUUUCGGCCCUCCAGAAUGUUGCUGCUGUGCAGCGCCGGGGAUAUGCCAGUGCCAGCGCAAUUUACUCUGAGACUGUCCCUAACCUUCGCAUUAACGGCGACACUAAGGUGAUCUUCCAGGGUUUCACCGGAAAGCAGGGAACUUUCCAUGCUGAACAAGCCAUUGCCUAUGGUACCAAGGUUGUUGGUGGUACCAACCCCAAGAAGGCAGGCUCGACGCACUUGGACCGCCCUGUGUUCGCCAACGUCAGCGAUGCCGUGAAGGAGACUGGCGCCACUGCUUCUGCUAUCUUCGUCCCCCCACCGCUUGCCGCUAAGGGUAUCGAGGAGGCCAUUGAGGCUGAGGUUCCUCUGGCUGUCUGUAUCACUGAGGGCAUCCCUCAGCACGACAUGGUGCGCAUUACGGACAUCUUGAAGACCCAGAACAAGACCCGUCUGGUCGGUCCUAAUUGCCCCGGUAUCAUUGCUCCCGGCCAAUGCAAGAUCGGUAUCAUGCCUGGCUUCAUCCACAAACGUGGUCGCGUUGGUAUCGUCUCUCGUUCCGGUACCCUGACCUACGAGGCUGUCAACCAGACUACCCAGGCCGGUCUUGGUCAGUCCCUCGUCGUUGGUAUCGGUGGUGACCCCUUCUCUGGUACCAACUUCAUUGACUGCCUUCGUAUCUUCCUUGAGGACCCCGAGACCGAGGGUAUCAUCAUGAUUGGUGAGAUUGGUGGUAGCGCCGAGGAGGACGCCGCCGAGUUCUUCAAGGCCAACAACAAGUACAACAAGCCUGCUGUUAGCUUCAUCGCCGGUAUCAGCGCUCCUCCGGGCCGUCGUAUGGGUCAUGCUGGUGCCAUCGUCAGCGGUGGUAAGGGUGGUGCCGACUCGAAGAUUUCCGCUCUGCAGGAUGCCGGUGUUGUCGUGGAGAGAAGCCCCGCUGCUCUGGGCAAGACCCUGCUUGCCGAGUUUGUCAAGCGUGACCUUGUCUAG